AUGAUAACUAGGGAGGAGGAGAGGAUUAUUGGAGAUGUGGAGGACAAGCAGGUGCUAGCUAAGAUCACCAUGGAUGACAGGAAGAGAUCCAUGAGCGGGAGGACGCUGGACCUCAAUGAAGGCAUCGAUAUGGAGAGCGAUGAUGGAGAAGUCGGCGACGACAACGAUGAAGAGGAGGAGGAUGGAGGUAGCACCACCGAUGUUGCCGGGAGCCGGAGCUCCAGCAACAACAGCAGCACCAACCAUGCUUCGGAGACCCAACAGGGUACCGGGGCCGGCGAGCAUAGGGUGCGGCAGUACAACCGAUCGAAGCUGCCUCGGCUCCGGUGGACGCCCGAUCUUCACAUGGCCUUCAUACGCGCCGUCGAGAGGCUUGGUGGACAAGAGAGAGCUACUCCUAAGCUGGUGCUUCAGAUGAUGAAUGUUAGGGGGCUCAGUAUUGCUCAUGUGAAAAGCCAUCUGCAGAUGUACCGAAGCAAGAAGCUAGACCACCACGGUCAACGGAUCAGGGGAGCCAUCUCCUCAGUAUUUUCACCUAUGGAUUUCCACUCAAUGGGAGGCGAUCGACGCUUUCAUGACAUGCUCCUCCAAAGAGCUGCCGCCCUCUCCUCAACGGCGGAGCGCGGCGGCUUCUUCGUGUCACGGAACGGCGGCGGCGGAGGAGGGAACACCAAUAGCCGCCUCUACGGGAUUCUCCAACACCAACACCGGCCAUCUCCGAUGCAAUCUGGCUUCAAGAACGGCAGUUUCAGGAAUCAAGACUGGGCGUUCGACCACCGUGACAUGAUAGCCAGGAAUGAUGUGAAGGCCUCCUCGACCACGUCGCACUUCUUCGCGUCCUCGUCGGUAAGGAGGUGGCCAUUAACCUCCGCAGUUGCGGGAGCCGGCGAGCAAAGGCGAGAUGAGAGCUUUGGUUACUUUACCGGCCACGGCUCUGGGCCGCUCUCAAGGGCCAUGGCAGUGGCACCGGCGACGUCGGUCGUGCCAGGAGAAGGUGACCAUCGUCUCCCGUUUAGAUGGCACGGUGGCGAUGGCGGCAAGGUUGCUAAGGCCAUAUCGUCAGAUCCCGUGAUGAUCGUCGAAGCCCUAGAUUCCCAGAAGCAGAAGCAUCUUGAGCAACAGAGGGCUCUGAUGACACCAGCCGACAAGGUACGGCUUCCGGUAGAGACGCCGGAGUUGGAGCUCAGCUUAUCUCCAGCCACGGCAAUCGACGCCACAGAUGGGACACCGAGCAAGAAGAGGAAGAAGAGCACUGCUGCAUCGAGCGAGCAAGAGCUGGAACAUGCCAACAAGCUGUCGAUCUCGCUCUCGCUCAUGCCACCUGCAGCUUCCGUGCCCAUGCAGCGGCAGGAAAAGACAAGAGGGGGCAGCGUGGAGGCCGUUCUGGGGCAGAGUACUUUGGAUCUGACCAUGUCGAUCAAGGCAUUGGAGUGA